GAAGCGAACUUUCGCUCAUAUCUCCCAGAAAACUGCCUUCGGGGUCACCGAUGUCUAUUUCUUGGCGGGAUACUAUGGCCUGAUGGAAGUGAUGGUCGAUGAAAUUAAGCGCUUGACCAACGGCUGUGCACAGACCAAGAAGGGCAAGAAGAUCAAGUGCCAAGUGAUCUUGAAGGCGGUGGGUGUGAUCCCAGAUCCGCAGAUUGACAAAAUGCUUGGCCUGAAGGAGCUGGUCGGCCUUUGGGUGAACGGUGAUCCCCUGCGGGCUGUGUGCUGUAACGGGAUGUUUGUGGAAGCCCAGAACUUCGGCAGCUUCGCGUCCGGGCCUCCUUUCGCUCAGCUGGCCCGUGCGCUUCGAUGGUUCGUGGACUAUCCUUCAGACUUUGAGGUGAUCCGGCCCAUCCUGCCGAAGCUGAAAAGCAGUCCGGAGAAGCCCGCCUACGUUCCCAGCGCCACUCACAUGCUGCCUACGUUCUCAUCCUUCAACCUGAUUCCGAUGAUGGCGGCAGAGAUGUCGGUGUACAAUGCGUUGAAGCAUCUCAAGCAGAGGGCCAGACAUCCGCCGAACAAAUACAUUGCGGAGUGCCGCGCCGAGUGGGAGGCGCCGACUCGAAAAAACUGA